AUGUCUCAAAUCACAGCCAGAUGUCAUAUUAAUUUAACUAUAGUAGACAAACAAAAUAAUGAAAACAUUGAUGACUCAGAUACUGACACAAACAGAGAAGACUGUGAAAAAUCAAAGGACAAUGAAAUGACAGAAGACGCUGUUAAGUAUUUAGCUGGAUGGGUAGCUAAAAAAAAUAAACAAAAGUUUCCUGAACUUGGUUGUACUACAACAGAAUCAAAAAUAUCUAGCAUUAAUGAACAUGACUAUCUACUUCCUUUAUGGAUUGAUUGUUUAUCAUAUGGUGGCCUGAUAGUCCAUAGUAAUGACUUUAAAAAACACAUUUUUAGAGCUGAAAGAAUUUUAAAAAAAAUUACUAAGUAG